UGCCACAAACAACAGUGGAAACAACUUGCUUUGUUGGCAUGUAUUUUGAAUCUGAGAGCAGUCAAUAGAUUCCAUCAAAAUUCACCAUCUUGCACAAUGUCGUAUGUAUUCAAUCCUGGCUAUAUUGGACCCAAUCCACCCUGCUGUGAUCCGGAAUGCACCGACGAAAAUGAUUGUCCCAAUGCCGAGUGUGGUCCAUGUCCUGGACCUCAAGCACCUUGUGGCGGCUGUUCGCCAGCUGUGGAUGGAAGACAGCAGAAUACCACAGAAAAUGAAGAUUGUCACAAUAAAAGGGAUGACACACAACAUCAAACCUCAAAGCAAUAAAUAAGUAGAAAUUUCAACUUGAA